AAUACCCCUAUGGCUUUGACGUCAAUACACGUCAACCAGAGAACAUGAUGCCUCUUUGCAAGUCAACUCGUGUGCUCUCUAGCUGAUAGAGGCACCUCAAGCUGAAAUAUUAUAGCUCUAUUGUAUUGGAGAACGUGGUGUGACAGACCCCGGAAUCAGCAAAUGGCCUGCUUCGUAUCGCCCCACUGACGGAGAGUGUCGCCACACUGGGGUUCAAGCUGGCAGGGCGACACAGAAAUCAACUUUGUCUGUUUUUAAUGGACAAGCUUCGAGCGGCGGCGGCGGCGGCGGCGGCGGCGGGCGGUUUGUUUUCCUUUCGUCUUUAUCUGUAGCUGCCCAAGCAAGCCCGUGUGAGCCCCCCGUGUGUCCCCUGCUCGUCUGGCUACCUCCUACUCUUCCACAAACAGUCCCAGUUAGAACAGCAUGGUCAUGGCUGACAGUGUCCAAAAACCGCUGAUACGGGGUCCGGUCCGAGUGGGCUUCUACGACAUCGAGCGCACUUUAGGAAAGGGCAAUUUCGCUGUAGUGAAGCUGGCUCGACACCGCAUAACCAAGACCGAGGUGGCCAUUAAGAUCAUCGACAAGACCCAACUGGAUGCUGUCAACCUAGAGAAGAUCUACAGGGAAGUUCAGAUCAUGAAGAUGCUGGACCACCCCCACAUCAUCAAGCUCUACCAGGUGAUGGAGACAAAGAACAUGCUUUACUUAGUCACGGAGUAUGCCAAGAAUGGGGAGAUAUUCGACUACCUGGCAAAGCAUGGCCGUCUCAGUGAGCUAGAGGCCAGGAGGAAGUUCUGGCAGAUCCUGUCAGCGGUGGAGUAUUGUCACAACCGCAACAUCGUCCACAGGGACCUGAAGGCGGAGAAUCUGCUGCUGGAUGGCCACAUGAACAUCAAGAUUGCAGAUUUUGGAUUUGGGAACUUCUUCCAGCCCGGGGAACCUCUGGCCACGUGGUGUGGCAGCCCGCCCUAUGCUGCUCCAGAGGUCUUUGAGGGCCAACAGUAUGAGGGCCCACAGCUGGACAUCUGGAGUAUGGGGGUGGUGCUAUAUGUGCUGGUGUGUGGUGCGUUGCCCUUCGAUGGGCCCACACUGCCUGUGCUUCGACAAAGAGUCCUAGAAGGAAGGUUUCGCAUCCCCUACUUCAUGACUGAAGACUGUGAGCACCUGAUCCGCAGGAUGUUGGUCUUGGACCCAUCAAAGCGUCUGUCUGUGGCCCAGAUCAAGGAGCACAAGUGGAUGGCCCUGUACGUUCCCGUACAGAGGCCUGUUCUGUACCAGCAGCCUCUGUCUGCUGAGGGCGAGGCGGGUGUGGGAGAGUACAGUGAACAGAUCCUUCGCCUGAUGCACAGCCUUGGCAUUGACCAGCACAAGACAAUAGAGUCUCUGCAGAACAAAAGCUACAACCACUUUGCUGCUAUCUACUACCUGCUGGUGGAGCGGCUCAAGGCCCAUCGCUGCAGCUUCCCCGUUGAACAGCGGCUCGACGCUCGCCAGCGACGGCCCAGCACCAUCGCCGAACAGACUGUCGUCAAGUCGACCAGUGGUUCAGCCCAGGUGGGUAUGCUCCCGCAGGGCGUUCGUCUGUUGCGCCCCCCUGCUGUGCCCCAAGCCUCCUCCGAUGCUUUCACCUUCCCCCAGACUGCAUGUCCCCUGGAGCAGAAUUUCAUGGUGGAGGACGUCAACACGCCCAAAGUGAACGGCUGCCUGCUGGACCCCCUGCCUCCCCCCACUGUCCUCCGCAAGUCCUCCACCUCGUCGCCUAGCAACAUGAUGGAGACGUCAAUCGAUGAGGGCAUUGAGACUGAGGAACCUGACACAGAGGAUGAUCCGCCCCACCUGCUCUCGGCCUAUCAGACAGCUCGGUUCGGCCAGCGGCGACACACCCUCUCUGAGGUGACCAACCAGCCAGGGCCUUCGAACCAAGGUAAAUUAUUCACUCUAGGCCACAACCCCUCCAUGGGUAGCGUGGACUCAGACAUCGGCUAUGACAUGGGCUCCAUGCACAGCGACCUCGGUCUGCUGGAGGAUCCCCCCUCUCUCAGUGACGUGGUACCGGCCAACAGCUCUGCCCCCGGCGUCACCCCUACACCUUUUAUGAGCGCUCGGCCCGCCAACCCAGCAAUGGCCGCCCUGACUUCCCAGCAUAGGGAGGCGCACAAUCGCUCCCCCAUCAGCUUCAGAGAAGGACGCCGUGCCUCCGACACCUCCCUCACCCAAGGUCUGGUUGCAUUUCGACAGCACCUCCAGAACUUGGCAAGGACCAAAGGCAUCCUGGAACUGAACAAAGUCCAGAUGCUGGUGGAGCAGAUGGGCUCCGGGGAAGGGGCCGCCAUGGGUCCCCUGGGACCACAGCACCACUUGCACAACCUCCUGGAGGGUGAGGCAUCCAAGCAGCAGGAGGGCCUAGCUUUAUACCAAGGUGGGCCGCAGCCGCCUCUCCUGUCCCGCAGACAGAGUUUGGAGACACAAUACCUCACUCAUAGACUACAGGCCAACGUCUUGGCUAACAGUCCUGCUAGCUGCCAACUUUUCUGUAAGGAGACUCCUCGAAGUUUAGAGCAACAGCUGCAGGAACACAGCAGGCUCUACUGCUCUCCCAACAGACUGAACCAGAAGAGGAUGUACCUGCAACAGUCACAGGGCAUGGGGCUGCAGGCCUACUUCAACCAGAUGCAGAUAGCUGAAGGAUCCUACCCAACAGGCAGCCCUGCUCUGGACCCGGCAGCAUCUCAAAGUUCCUCACAGGGCCCCCCCAUGUCAGCUGCCCACCAGCCUCAGCCCCAGCAGCAGGGCAGUCCUCAGGCCUCACCUCCCUUCAGCCACCCCCACAGCCUGAGCCCCUUGAUGGAACCGGGAGAGGGCCUGGCUUAUGAUCCCUACAUGAGCCAUCCCCACUACACCCAACACCUGCCCCCUGGAUCUCACCUCCACCACCAGCUCCACCAUACCCAGCCGCAUGAAGCCUCUGCCAGCAGCCUGGGCUUCAGCUACCCUGCAGGCUGCGAGCAGCUGGUCCUGGGGCCUUCCACUGAGGUUCUUCACCUAGAGCAGUAUGAGUUCCCGCUGGACCCCACCUCGCUGCCCCCGCCCGCUCCUGGAGACGCUGAGGCCAGAGCCAUGGCCGGGAUUUUGGCCGGCCCAGUGCAAUCAGACGGCCUGGGCCUGCCUGAGCUGCAGACCUCCCUCCUGGACAGUGAGAUGAUGGAGACCGUGGACUCCCAGCAUGGCUUCGUACUGGUCAACUAAAGCCAGCUGAGGGGGUUAAUAGAAAGCAGUAUUAAGCAAUGAGAACCCACACUGCACUAAGCAGAGAGAAUGGAGAUAUAAGUGGAGGCCACUAGCGUAGCAACAGGGAAGGAGAAGUGUUAAUUUUUGCACGACUAAUACAAACUUAAUUUCUUAGUUGUGAUGAACCUCAAACAACCUUUCUACCAAAAUCCUCCCUUAGCCUACCUCCCUUUCUCCCUCUCCUCCUCUGUUCUCGUUCUCAUCAGCUCUGUGAGGCAGGAACAGGUCCGAUAUGUGGCGCAAUGUGAGCUUUCGCCGUGCUGACUUGGCAAGGCUGCCGUUGUCACGAACGUUGUGCCACCUGUGAGGACUGCGCCGUGCAGCCUGGCAGGAUGCUGCACAUCCUGGAGGCUGCCAGAGUGCAGCAUUUCACCUAGAAAUGGUUUGGAAGUGAACUAAUUUAGGACUGACUGACAGGCAACCAGAAGGACAAGGCUGGCAAUGCUUUUUGUAUUUAAAAUAGGACACCAUCGACAACAAUAGACUGGUUCUUAAAACACUUUUGUCCUUUUUUGUUAAUUUCAGUAGAUAACAACUGAACAAGAGAAAAAGGCCCUCAUUUAUCACGGUACCAUGGAUAUCACCGCAAAUUCAAGUGUUAAAAGUGUUUAUUGUCCACUUUAAAGAAAUUGUGUGACACACUAAUGUGAGCACAAAGGCUAACAUAAUAAUCAUAUUCAUGAGUGCAUAGGUUUCAACACUAACAUAUACAGUAUUCCUCCAAAAAACAACAGGUAACUUUUGUCAUUUGCCUAAACAAAUACUUUAAACAUGCCGAUUGAAGCACUAGGUUGGUGAGGAAUGCACCAUUUGUUGAGCUUGUGCUACAUCUGUGCUUUUAACAGCACUAAACUCUCUCCAAGCUAUUUUUAUAGUUAAUUGACUAAUGAAAAUAAUAGAUGUAACACAAUUCUGUAGCUGCAGUCUUAUGUGUAGGCUAUGUGAAAUAAAUAAUACAGUUUCUUUGUUUUCUUCAUGUUUUUUGAAACUUGUAACUACUGAAAUUGAUUUAUUUCUUACACUACUGAACAGCUUUUCCACCUUUCCAUCCGAUUGCACACACCUGGCAAGUUUGAUUAUACUCAAUAAGAUGAGGAUAAUUACCAGUUUUUGCCGGUGAAACGGCCACUCGUCUAUUUAACAGUUGAAUUGUGGGUCAUGUGUUUGCCUGAUAAAUGAGGGCUAAUGUAAUAAAUGUGUGUUUGGUUGAGAAGUAGCGGUGUUAGACAGUCAAUAUUAUUCUAUUUUUGUGGCAAUACUGAAGCAAUAUUAAUCCUUGAUGUUGAGGGAUUAUGAAUGGAAGCCUCACCUGUACAGCCAACUCUGAUUGGUUUCCGGGGACCUCUGAGUCGUCAGCAGUGACGUCACUUGAGCUGAUGAUGUAACCAGGAGAUAAUCAAACUCACUCACUCACUCUGGAAGUGCAGAGACAAGCCUGGAGAGAGAGAGAGAGAGAGUGUGUGUGUGUGUGUGUGUUUCAUGUUCUUAUAUCCUGGUGGGGACUUUAACCUGAAUGCAUACUAACCUAUGGGGACUUGUGUCACCGUAGGGACAAAAAUUGAGGUCCCCAUGGGUAGAGACUGCUUUUUGAGGGUUAAGACUUGGUUUUAGGGUACAGGUUACAGUUAGGUUAAGGUUAGGGUAAGGGUUAAGGUUAGGCAUUUAGUUGUGAUGGUUAAGGUUAAGGUAAGGGGCUAGGGAAAGCAUUAUGUCAAUGACUGUACCCCACGGGGAUAGUGAAACAAACGUGUGUGUUUGUGAGUAUGUUUGAGUGUGAUUGUUUGUUUGCACAAUUCUUACUUCAAAUUUUCUGCAUCCAUAACAUUUGUCGUCAUUACUGAGAGGAAAAAAACACUGCAUUGACGUCUCCAUUCAAAAUAACAACAACUGUGUUUUUCCCUCAGUGCACAGUUGAAGCUUUUUGGUUAAUUCUGGUUUACAUCCUCAAUGCUCCAGUCAUGCCUCUGUGUUGUUUUAAUGAUGAAUCGUGUUUAUAAUAAUGGAACGACCCCUUAAAGAUUCCUUGCAUUAGAUUUCAUGAAAGAAUGUUUCCUCUCUGACGUUGGGGCUGCUGUGAGACGAAGACCAGCAGAACGUCAGUCACCUGACACUGGAUUUUGACUGCAGGCUCACCACCGACAGCAAGCCAGCAACAAGAUGAGAGUUUUUUUGUUUUUGUUUUUACAGCACUUAGACUGUGUUCAAUCUACUUGAAGCACACAGAUGUAUCUUCUCUGACAGAUGAUGAUGAUUUUUUUUUUUUUUUUAAAAACUACUUUUCAUUGGAAUAACAGGACAGCGAACAUCAGAGGGUUGAGAUAAGAUUAUUGGACAGUGACCAUCUGCCAGACCACGUAACCUUCAGUGAUAUUGGGUUAAACUGUGGGAGUGUUUGAAGUCAGAUUAGCCUUCAGACAAGACAGUCACCCUCAGUCUGCAGACUGGACUGAGCAGAUAUCUUAGAGUUCACAAUCAGACUCUCGAGUACAGAGGUGGUUUGACUAGGAGUCUUUAUAGUUGCAGUUAACAGUCUUAAAUGAUGGCUAGAAAAUGUGGACCAACUGUGGUUGCAGUCCUGUGCAAGACUUAAAGGAAAAAUCCACCCUAAAAUGCUUUUAACACUGUUUUAUAAAAGAUUAGGCCUGCAACUAAAGAUCAAAUUAUCUGCUGAUUAUUUUCUUGCUUAAUCAAUUAGUUGUUUAGUUGCUACAAAAUAGUGAAAAAUGCCCAUCACAAUUUCUCAGGCCCCAAGCUGACAUAUUCAAAUGGCUUGUUUUGUCUAACAAACAGUCCAAAGAUUAAGAUUAAGAUUAAGAAAACUGGCAAAUUUCUGUCACUUUUCAGCACUUUUGCGUCACCGUUUUGCUCUCACAUUUAACAGUCAAAAGGCAGAGAUAUUUGUAACUCCAGCAACAAUGGCCUCAAUAGACCAGAAUACACUGCAGCCACAAGACGUUGCAAAACAGGUCUUGUGGUUGCAUUAAUAGUUCCACCCUAAAAUUUACAAACUACUUUGUUAGCUGGAUAUGUUUAUAUGGUCAUAUGCCCACAUUUUAUUGACAGAAAUAAGCUCACACCCAGUUUGUGGGUCAUGUUGAAAAUGUCCUUUUAGAAAAAGAAGGAACUCAAGUACAAGAGCAUGAGGCAGGUUCAACAUAAAAUAACAAUUCUGGAGUUUACAUUAAAUGGUCAAUACAGGGCAGUAUAAAGAGUAUUAAAGGGUGGAUUUGGCCUUUAAGUGAACAUUUUGAUGAUUGUGUUCUUUCAUUUUGUCAAUGGUCAGGCUAGAACAGCCACAGGAUGAUCUGUGGAAGUAGAAUACUGGAGCACUUUGACAACGAGGGGAAGAAGAGAUGUAGCGAGAGAGGAGGAGGUGAUUGUGGUGGAGGUGGAAAAUGUUUGUAUUGCUCUGCUGUUUCCUGGCAGAUGAAACAAACCGCAAUCUGUAGGAAACACCUUUUCUCCUCUCUCUUCCCCACCAAUAAUGGACACAAAACAAAUGUUUCUUUCAAAGAAAGACCAGACACAGUAACACUUUAUCUGAUUGUUGAUUUGAAUCCAAAAAAAGUAUCACUCUUCCGUUUACGAUGAGUGUUUUUUGUACAAAUUAGAGGUGUAGUGAAUCUUCAGUGUGCGCUCAAGUUGCACCGAGGUGAAUUUUGUGUUGAACGUGAAAAAGUGUUCAGUGUGCCUUUUACUUUUUUCAGUCUAAAUUAAGAUUUUGGAUAGCGCCAUUAUUUCUGUUUGGACCCUUUUUGUCAUUUAUUUUAUUAUUACUUUUUUUCUUUUCGGUAUUUUUUCUUCUUCCGAAAGUAAGUAGAGCCAGGUUUUACAAAGGUACAAAACCAAAGUCCCUCAGAAGUUUCCCUGUACGACCCACCGUGUGGAGUUUUGGAGCUUCUUUGUCAGCUUCUCUACAGUGCUUUUCUCUUGUUGGUCAAUCAGUGUAUGCCAUUUAAAAGUAUUAUAGCAAUAUUUCUCUAGUUGAAGACUAAAAGUCAUGAAGAUUCUAGUGGACGUGUUUCCAAGUAUCAUAAUUUCACCUCCUGCUGAUAAAACAAAAACAUCAAUGUAUCAAUAGAAAUCCAGUUUUAUAUUUACCUUCAUUGAUGUUGACCACACAUAAGCUAACUUGCUGUUGAGAUUAAAAAAGGUUUAUUGAACAUAAA